AUGAGGAGCGGGCAGGCCUCCUGUGCCCUGGAGACCGUCUGGGAGGACAAGCGGAAGUAUGGGGAGGCAGAGCGGCGCUUCUACGAGCAGGAGGCCACGCGAGCCGCUGCCACCCAGCAGCUCCUGGCUGAGGCACCAGCCAUGAAUGGGCCAGGUCAGGAGGACACCGAGGACACUGAGGAGGCAGAAGGCUCUGACAGCAGCAGUAGGAACAACGAGGGGAAGAAGCCAGAGCAGAAGAGAAAGUGCUCCCCGAAGAACCGGCUCUGCCCGGUGGACCUGGCCCUUGUGGGCCUCUCGGCCGACCAUGUCUGGCUGGAUAAGCCAUUCUUCGACCAGGCGGAGAGCUCCUACCGCCAGAGGCUGGCAGACACGGCUGCCAGGGCAGCCCAGCCACUUGCCCUAGCCCCCUGGGGUCCCUGCACCCAUGGAACCCAGGUGGCCUGCCACCACAUGACCCGGGGCAUCUGGGUCAACAAGUCUUCCUUUGACCAGGCCGAGCAGGCAUUUGUGGAGUGGUCCCAAGCCCUGCUGCUGGCUGCAGAGGGGCACAGCAGGCAGAGGUCUACGGACACAGGCCAACUGGUGGCUGCCCCCAACCUGGCCCUCGUCUGCCAGCCCAGCCCACCGGCCAGUGGCCAGCCCCUGCUGAGCAGCCUACAGGCGCUGGUGCAGGAAGUAUGGCUGGAGAAACCCCGGUACGAUGCUGCUGAGAGGGGCUUCUAUGAGGCCCUGUUUGACGGCCAUCCCCCUGGGAAGGUGCGCGUGCAGGAGCGAGCCAGCCAGGCUGAGGGUGCCAGGCGGGGCCGCAGAGACCGGCGGGGCCGCAACACCAUGGGAAGCAAGCGAGCUGGGCCUCGGCGUGCCAAUGGGGAGGCCUCCUCUGCCCGGCCCUACUGGUACUUCCUGCACAAGGAUGCUGAGGCCCCUUGGCUCAGCAAGCCCACCUACGAUGGAGCAGAGUGCCGCCACCAGGCUGCUGAGGCCCUGCGCAUAGCCUGGCGCCUUGAGGCUGCAUCCCUUGCUCACCGGCCUGGUGCCCGGUCUGGCCCAUCCAUGUCCAGCCUGAGACCCAACAGGAAAAUGGCCACAAACUUCCUAGUGCAAGAGAAGAUCUGGUUUGACAAAUUCAAAUAUGAUGAUGCAGAAAGGAAAUUCUACGAACAGAUGAACGGACCUGUGGCUGGCACUUUGUGCCAGCAGGAGAACGGCGCCAGUGUGAUCCUCCGUGACAUUGCAAGAGCCAGAGAAAACAUCCAGAAAUCCCUGGCCGGAAGCUCAGGCCCUGGGGCCUCCAGUGGGCCUGGUGGGGAUCCCAGUGAGCUUGUCCUCCGGAUUGCCAGCCUGGAAGCAGAGAACCAGAGCCUGCAAGGAGUGGUGCAGGACCUGCAGCAGGCUGUCUCCAGGCUGGAGGCCCGGCUGAGUGCGCUGGAAAAGAGCUCACCUGCCCACAGGGCCACAGCCCCCCAAACCCAGCAUGUGUCGCUCGCUCAGAGGGGCCCUGCCCCUGCCUGCUCCCCUGCCUUCAACCCUGCCACCGGCAUCCCCGAGAGACUGAAGCCAAGGAGCGUGAUCCACGCCGCGUCCAGUCCCGCCGCUGCGCUGCUCUCCCCGGGGGAGGGGGCCGGCCCGGACUCCAGUGCUGCUAUUUCUCUAUGCACUAGAUCGUAUUUAUGACUCCUGGGGAAAUAUAUCUUAUUUUAACCUUCAAAAGAAGUGAAAGGGAAAAAAAAGUAAUGCACAGUAUUUCUAGCAGGAAAAAAAACAUUUUUUAAGAGGAGGUUUUGACCUGAACCUCCUAGCAUGGGGGCGGGUGCAGAAAGUUUUUAUUUUCAUUUAAAUUGUGUUUUGUUUUGUUCGUGGAAUCUUUUUCAAAGCCUGAUGGCUCUUUGGACUAGGCGGGAGAAGGGCGGAGAGGCCGAUGCGCAGGCCCCCGCAGCCCGCCAGUCCGCCGCCCAGACUCCCGCGGGCACCGCGCGCCCCCACGCCCGCUCCUGCUGAGCGCUCUGAGCGGGAGACGCGCCGACUCGUUGAAAGUUCUGUUGCGUUGUUCGGUUUUGUUGUGUUAUUUUUUUCAUUUGCUACGAAAGUGAGGAAACGGUUAAAAAAAAAAAACACGCAAAGGCAAAAUAAAUCCGUUUACAUCCAAAAGUCA